ACGCAGAAGGUCACACGCGUCCUUUUGAACGCUGGAGCUCCAACUGAAAUGAAAAAUCCUCUCAGUAGGUAAAAUUAUUACCCCGGUAAUCAUUUAACUACUGCCGUGAACAUGCGAUGUAAAUGAUCCUAAGUACACACGUAAAAAUGUGCCAUCUCGUUAUCUAAGAACAACCGAGUGUGUUAAUACUCUUUAGCUAACUUAGCUUUCCGUAAACAUAGCAAUUUCACUUCAUUAGUGCAAUGUUUAGAAGCCUUGCAAGACUCCACAUGUUAUUCGGAAAUGUCCUCUCGCCGUGUAAAAUACACCCAAAUCCUCAGCACUUCAAAUAUUCCUUGAAAUACUCAUCAUCAGCCGCAACGGAGAGGAAAAGAUUUUAUCAGGACGUCAGUAUAUCCCAAGGUGAAGGAGGUUUAUUUGAGAUAAACCUAGAUCGAAGGAAGCUGAAAACUCCUGGAGGGAAUCUGUUCACAGUGCCAAAUGAAGCCCUUGCCAUCGCCGUGGCAACUGAGUGGGAUGCUCAAAGGGAUACACUCAAGUUUUACACAAUGCACCUGACUACACUUUGCAACACUGCCCUGGACAAUCCUACACAACGGAACAAGGACCAAAUGAUCAGCGGUGCUUUAAAGUUUCUGGAGACAGACACUGUUUGUUACAGAGUGGAGGAGCCCGAUGGUUUGGUUGAUCUACAGAAAAAUGAGUGGGACCCUGUACUGCACUGGAUUGAGAAUAGAUACAACGUCACUAUUGGUUCCUCAUCCAGUAUUAUGGGCCCUGACAUCCCUCAGGCAACCAAAGACACGUUCUGUCAGCAUCUUAAAUCAUACAACUUCUGGUCUUUGACAGGACUUGAAUAUGUGAUCACCCAGCUGAAGUCUGUUGUGUUAUCACUUGGGAUGAUUGACAGACAUCUGAGUGUGGAGCAGGCUGUGCUGCUCUCCAGGCUGGAGGAGGAAUACCAGAUUCAGUGUUGGGGAAAUGUGGAGUGGGCUCACGACUAUGACAUGUACGAACUGCGGGCUCGCACUGCUGCCGGUGCUCUGUUUGUACACCUCUCGUCUGAGAGUUCCACUGUCAAACGCAAACUUUUGCAGGACUGAGAGGAAGAAGCUUGCAUGGUGAAAGAGCGGAAUACAAACUUCCCAUCAAACAAACACCACUCCACAGUGUAUGACUCAGAAAUAGAAUAUAUCCCGUUCAUUCUAUUUAGUGGUGACAGCUCCUCAGUCUCUAUCCAUUGUAGUCAUCUGCCCUUUCAAACACAUCACCAGUCUUUUUUGCUGUGUUUAUGUGACAGACGCCAAGUGUGACACCACCCACUGAGCUUCCAGUUGGUUUUCAGUCAUCGGUGACAUGUCUGGACACUGUGCAUGAAGUGAAUGGAGACUUAAUGUUUGUUGUAUUUGUUUGGGUAAAUCUCAACACCAUGUCAGUUUUCAUAGUCUGCUACAUUGACUCCAUCCAUUUGCUAGACUGCUUUAUCCUCAUUAGCGUUGUAUGUGAGCUGGAGUCCAUCCCAGCUGACUUUGGGUGAAAGGCGGGGGUCCACCCUGAACUUGUCGCCAGCCAACUGUCUGCUACAUUUAAACAUGUUAAAUGUGUGGACGAUGUACACUGUGCUCUAUGUUGUAAUGGCACAAACAUUCAGUUGAAAUACUGCUACAUUCAUGUUCUGUUCAUCU